AUGAACAUCGACACAUCGGGAUUCGACGGCGGACUGGGUCUCGACUUCCUCCCUCCUGUCAUCGAAGACAAGCCAGCGGCGAGCUCGUCCUCUCAGACGGCCAAGCCCAGAGCAACCACAGAUGGGGCUCGAAAUGCUCCCGCUCCUCCCACAGCCACCGCUCGAGCUUCUGCUCCUGCCGCCGCUCCUACCGCCGCUUUUCCAGCGAAAGAUAAGGUCCAGGAGGCGGCAGUAGGCUCCAAGACUCCUGAGAAAGCAGCGUCAAAACCUGUCACUGGGACAGCUGAAGCGUCCCCGGCGAGAUCGGCUUCAACGGCUGAAAAUGCAUCGGCAGCAGCAGGAGGAGGAGGCUCAGCAGCAGGGAAUUUGGUGAAGGGAAAGGAAGCAGAGGCGAAGUCGGCAGUGGGUGGAGGUGCGAAACCGGAGGGUAAGCUUGGAGCGAAGAAGCUGGGAGCUAGCAAGUUGACUCGGCCCCUGCGGCCUACUCUUAAGAGUACUGCCUCUUCUGCUGCACCUGCUGCCGCUACUGAUACUGCUGCUGCUUCUGCAAUCGGGUCACAAGGGGCUGCGGCCGCUGAGGCCGUGGCUGAUGGUAAAGUCAGUGAGGGGAAGGACGAAGUGGUAAAGGAGGAGGAGAAGGUGGAGAAGGAGAAGAAAGCGGAGAAGAAACCGACCAAGAUAGUGAAGCUCGUCAAAGGGAAGCUGACCAAGCCACAGGCUGAGGCCGAAGCAGCAGCAACAGCAGGAGCAGGCGGUGAGUCUACCUUAGUGCCAUCUGCAGCUGCACCUAUCGUCUCACCAGCCUUGGAUACCCCAUCUGUGAUUGCAGCAGGAGACGCAGCAGCAGCGCCAGUGGCUUCACCAGGAGUUGACGCUUCUGUCCAGAUUGCCUCAUCAGCAGCGGUAGCAAACCAGGAGGUGUCAAGCGGUGCUGUGGAUGGGGCAGGUGUCGUUGCGAAGGUAGAAGAGGGCGAGGAGGGAGGAGCAGGGUGGGCGAUAGACGAGGUGUUACCUGGUAACCAGGCCACGGUUCCUGCCAGUCCUCGUCUGGGCGACAAGCCGGAUGCUGAAUCAGCAACCUCUGCCCCCGAGCCUGUUGCUGCAGCUACGGCUGAAGCUGUUGCCGAAUCGGAGGUUGAGGAAGAGCCCAAACCUACACCAGGUUCGGCAGAAGGCGAAGCUGUUGCAGGAAUGGGAGCGUUUCAGGCAGAGGAAGGGGAGGGGUGGGCGGCAGUAAUUGAAGAAGAAGAUAUUGUAACGAAUGGGGGAGAAGCAGCUUUCCCUGGUACAGAUGCUGGAUCGAGAGAUGGCUUUAAGAAGUCAGAGGACGCUGCAGCAGGGGAUGACGCUGCAGGUGCUGCUGGUUCUGCCGCGGGUGUAUCUGCAGACAGUGCUGCUGUUGAUGCUGGUGCUGGGGCAGGUACUGGGGCAGGUGAUGACGGUGCCUCAGCUGCUGUGGCAGCAGCUAAUGCUUCGUCCACGCCUCUGCCGUUCAGCGGGUUUGAAGCAGCCUCAGAGGCCGUUUUCAGCAUAGAUGAUGGGGAAGGGGACGGGGAGGAGGACGGGGAGGGUGCCCCUGCGCCAUCCCCUGUCAAACCCUCCCUGUCACCACCAGUUAGGUCACCAGUCCAGUCGCCAGUCAAGUCACCAGUCAAACCACCUGUCAGAUGGGCUGCUUCGGAAGUCGAGGCAGCAGCAGGUGACGAAGCAGCUGCAGAAAGGGAGCCCGCAGUUGACAGCGGUGCUGCUGCUUCUGAAGGAGGCGAACACGGCUGUGAAGCUGCUGUGCAGACGAGUGAAGAGGAGACAAGGUCUUUGAAUCAGGAAUCAGGGGCAGAGGAGGAGAAAGUGGUAACGCAGAUUGAUGUAGAAGCGGAGGCAGAUUCGGGGGAGGCAGAUUCAGGGGAGGUGGGCUUAGGGAAGGUAGACCCAGGGAAGACACAUGCAGGGGAGGGGGCAGAUGUGCCGUCCGAAGAAAGACUCGUGCCUGCUGCUCCAGCUGCUGCUGAAGGUGCUGAAGCUGCCGCAGCAGCAGCUGCUGCUGAAACUGCUACCGCUGUUGCUGCUGAAGCUGCUGCUGCUCAAGAGGGAGUGGAAGGAGCGUGGGGAGAACGAGGGCGCUCUGCUGCUGGGAAUGGCCUUGUGAACGAGCAGCAUCCAGUGAGUCCAUUUGAGAAAAUGGGUGCAGCAGAGAAAGCGGGUGCAGCUGGUACGGAUGGGAAUGGAUGGGCUGUGGGCAGCGGUAGGGCUGAGGAGGAGGCGGUUCCUGCUGGUGAUGCUCCUGGGGAGGAGGUGGCGCCUGGGGUGGUGGUCAAUGGGGAGGGUGUACAAGGCACAGCAGGUGCAGGGGCAGGGGAAGCAGCAGCAGGCGCGGUUGCCUUACUGGAUGCAGCAGCGGCAGAGAUGGUGGGAAGCAAUACAGCAGCAUCGGUUGAGGCUGGUUCUGCUGCUGCUGCUGCUGCUGCUGCUGCUGCUGUGUCUGUGGCUGAGAAUAUUUCAGACGCUGGUGCAACGGAGGCAAGGGGAGCGAAUGAGAGUGAAGGUUCCGACGGAGCAGCAGCAGCAGCAGCAGAGGCAGCAGAGGCAGUGCCUGCUGAAAAACCGCCACCAGAAGCUGCUGCUGCAGAAAAAGGUUCUUCCGUUGAACAGGCAGCGACUGUCGCAGCAGUAGCAGCAGAAGGGGAAGCGCUGUCUGCUGAAACGGCAACAGCAGCAGCAGCAGCAGUGGCAGCAGCAGAAGCCCUAUCCACAGAGAAGGCAUCAUCAGCUGCAGCGGCAGCAGUGGCAGAGGCUCUCUCGUCCGAGCUUCAAGCGGAGUUGGUGAGAGUGAAGAUGGAGCUGGCAACCAUGGAGAGUGCCCUGCAGAAUGCGGGCAAGCAGGCACAGACCAAGGCGGACGAACUGGCGAGAGCCAUGACUGUGAAUGAUGAGCUUCGGGCCGAGCUGGAGGACUGGAAGGCAAAAAAGAACAAUGACGCGGAACUAGAAGCCCUACGGGAGGAGUACCAGCACCGACUGGGGGCAGCUGAAAGAAAGGUGUAUGCGCUGACCAAGGAGCGGGACAUGCUGCGGCGGGAGCAGAGCCGCAAGGCGGACACAUCGACGCUGCUGAAGGAGAAGGAUGAGAUUAUUCGGCAGGUCAUGGCUGAAGGCGAGGAACUUUCCAAGAAGCAGGCUGCGCAGGAAGGGGCCAUGAAGAAGCUCCGCACUCAGCUCCGGGAGAUGGAGGAGGAGAGGACCCGGCUACAAAAUCGGCUGCAGGUGGAGGAGGCUCGAGUGGAGAGCAUCAAGAAAGACAAAGCCGCCACCGAAAAGGCCCUCCAAGACGCAGUAGAGCGCGGGCAGGCAGACCUCGCCGCCCAAAAAGACUUCUACGUUUCUGCCCUUUCAGCUGCCCGGGAGGCGCAGGCAGCAGCCGAGGCGCGGGCGGACAGCGAGGCAAAGGCGGAGGCGGAGAGAAAGUUGAAGGAGGCGGGGGAGAGGGAGAGGGCGCUGGUGAUGACUGUGGAGGAGCUCAGACAGGCUCUCACAAGGAGCGAGCAGCAGGCAGGGUUUCGAGAGCAGAUGCUGCGGCGGGAUCUUGAGGAUAUGGAGAAGCGAUGCCAGGCAGCGGAGGCUCGGCACGAGGAGCUGGUGGCUCGGAUACCAGAGUCGACCCGCCCGCUGCUGCGGCAGAUAGAGGCGAUGCAGGAGUCGGCCAACACGCGCAUGGAGGCCCUCUCAGGGGUGGAGCGGGCGCUGAACGCCCGACUGCAGGAGGCAGAGGCGAAAGCGGCAGUGGCGGAGGAGAGGGAGCGGGUGACGAGCGAGCGGCUGAACCAAACUCUCUCCCGCCUAGCAGUCAUGGAAGCCCAGCUCUCCUGCCUGCGCGCCGAGCACUCCCAGCUCUCCCGCUCCCUCGACAAGGAGCGCCAGCGGGCGGCAGAGAACAGGACGGAGUAUCUGAGUGCGCAGGAGGUGAAGGUUGCAGCGGAAGGGCGGGUGAAAGUGGUGGAGGAGGAGUUGAGGGAGGUGAAGGGGCGGUGGCGGAAAGAAGUGCAGGAGGAACGGCAGCGGAGGGAGCUGGUUGAACAGGAGUUGGAGAGCGAGCGGGCAUCCAUGGCGGAGCACGAGAGGAAGAUUCGGGCAGAGGGACGGGCUGCAGCAGAGAAGGCACUUGUCGCAGCGCAUGCAGCAGCGGGUUCCUCGUACCCUGAGCUCUCAGGUGAGUUGUGCCUGCCAGCCAGCUCCUGGGUCAACCUUACCCGCCUGCCCACUGGUCGCUGUCCAUCAAGCCUUGAAACGAUUCCCCAGCAGCAGCAGUGCCAUCGAGGAGGCAACAGCCUCGGGCAUCCUCGCUUGUUCUCUAACACCUCCACGCAUCCCUCUUCACCCCUCUCCACCCCUCUCUUCCAUCCAGUGCGCCAGUCCCUCCGCCGGGUCCCCAGCAGCAGCAGCGCAGACAGCAGCACCAUCGAGGAGGCAACAGCGUCGGGCAUCCUCGCGGCUUCGCUGCUCCCUGGAGGCUCCUCCUCCCACUCCGACCUCCUCUCAGGAGCGAUAAUCGAUGGCUCAACCCCUUUGCUUCCUGCACCCUGCCCUCCCCCUGCCUCCUGCUCCCUCCGCACCCCUCUCCACCCCUCUCCACCGUCUCCUUGCUGUGCAGUCCGCCAGUCGCUGCGUCGGGUCCCCAGCAGCAGCAGCGCGGGCAGCAGCGCCAUCGAGGAGGCAACAGCGUCGGGCAUCCUCGCGGCCUCGCUGCUCCCUGGAGGCUCCUCCUCCCACUCCGACCUCCUCUCAGGAGCGAUAAUCGAUGGCUCAACCCCUUUGCUUCCUGCACCCUGCCCUCCCCCUGCCUCCUGCUCCCUCCGCACCCCUCUCCACCCCUCUCCACCGUCUCCUUGCUGUGCAGUCCGCCAGUCGCUGCGUCGGGUCCCCAGCAGCAGCAGCGCGGGCAGCAGCGCCAUCGAGGAGGCAACAGCGUCGGGCAUCCUCGCGGCCUCGCUGCUCCCUGGAGGCUCCUCCUCCCACUCCGACCUCCUCUCAGGGGCGAUUAUCGGCGGCACCAGCAGCAGCGGCGGCGGGGGGGGCGGGGGGUUUGGGAUGCUUGGUGCCAGUUCUUCUAUGGGGGCGUUGGGGGGAGGAAUGGGGACGCCUGUGGGGAUGGGGUAUGGAGGGGCGAGUGGUGGAGGUCUGCUGAGGCCCAGUGCUGCGAAUGCUGCGACUGUGGAGCAUUUGGAGUCGCUGCUGAGACAGAAGGAUGGAGAAAUCGCCACGCACACCGCGAGGCUGGCCGCACUGGAAAGCACGCGGGAUUCGCUGGCUGAAGAGCUGGUUAAGACCACAACACAGUGUGAGAGCCUGCGGAGUGAGGUGACUCAGCUGCCUGGACUCAAGGCAGAGCUGGAGGCCAUCAGGAGGCGGCAUGCUUCUGCUCUGGAGCUGAUGGGGGAGAGAGACGAGCAGGUGGAGGAGCUGAGGGCCGACCUGAUGGAUGUGAAGCAGAUGUAUCGCGAGCAGAUUGACAUGCUGGUUGAUCAGAUUCAGAAGCUUGGGAAGGAGAUGCAUGGGGGCAGCUAA